AUGGACCCUUGUGCAGAUGAGUUAUUAAUUACAGAAGACCCUGACGACCGAGCAAUUCAUCAAUUGGUGCUCGACUACCUCAUACAUAAUUGCUAUGGAGAAACAGCAAAAAUUAUCUUUAAAGAUAGCCAGUAUUUAGGUGUUACAUCUAAGGAGGACCAUUACACUAAUGGUUUCAAUCAAACUGACUCGAUUCCAAAUGGUAAUACUUCGUUUGACUCUAUGUAUGCAGGAAAAUUUGAUGCAGAUGGGGACUUGGAAAUGAAAGACUCAAAUCUGGAGAAGUUGGUUCAUGUUAAUAACUCCAAUAAUUCUUUAUCACAAGAGUCCAAUAACUCAAAGAUUCUUACAUUACUGGAUAGCAAAAAAAUAGAAAAAAAUGGAUUUGAUGUAGAAUUCGCUUUGAAAAGCCUUGAUAUAAGAAAACAAAUACGUGAAUACAUAAAAGUUGGUAAUAUCUCGGCUGCGUUAUCACUGUGCCAAACAUCUUUCCCAGAAAUUAUAUCAGCAAAUGGAGAUGAUCUAAAAUCGAUAGAAAUUUGUUUCAAGCUUCAUACACAGCAAUUUAUAGAAAUUGUGCGUUCGGGAAAUGCUAUUGAAGCUUUAAUGUUCGCACAAACGGUGUUAGACAAAUUUACAGAACCACAUUUCCCGAAUGAACAGAAAUUUCGUGAAGAGUUAAAUGAAGUGAGUUCAAUAAUGGCAUAUACUGACCCGGAAACUUCACCUUCCGCAAGAUUUUUUUCUCAAGCACGUCGCGAUCAAUUGGCAGACGAAAUAAAUAAUGCAAUAUUAUCUCGUGGGCAUCAAAUGAGUGAAUCAGUACUCGAAAAAAUUAUAAAACAGGCGACAGUAGCACGUGAAUAUUUACAUCACGCUAUUCCAAAGGGACAAAGAUCAAACAAGGUGAUAUCAACGAUUAUAGCUUUGGUAAUAAGUGUGAGGUCAUCAUUACAUUUCGAAGCAUUUGCUAUGCAUAAUUGGGUUAUAUUUUUGGAAGCGAUUAAUUCUCGUAUGCUUAUUGUUUUGGAACCAAUAAAUAAAUCUUUUACUACCAAGAAAUUACAAUUGGUUGAAGGAAUGCCUAUUUUUAUCGGAAGAGCGACAAGUAAAAAUACUAUACCGAAAGAAAAUAAUGGUUAUUUCAGUAGUAAAGUACUUUCCAGAAGACAUGCCGAAAUUUGGUAUUUAAAAUCCAUUAACGGAACUUUUGUAAAUGAUAAUUGUAUUAGUGCAGGAAAUCGGGAAGGUGAUUCAGUAGAAAUUUUUGAUGGCGAUACUUUGGAAUUUGGUCUUGAUAUAAUUAAUACUGCCGAUGUACGAAAACAAAUGCUCAAUAAAGUAGUUGCUAAAGUGAACAUAAUCUCAUCCCCAGAAUUCGUUCUGAAAAAUAUAUCAAGUGAAACAAAAAAUCGUCAUCCCGAAAAUUUUUUUUAUUCAAAGUUGGAGUUACGAUGUGCUUAUGAAGAGAAUCAAAUUUUAUCAAAUAUUACCGAAAAUCUCAAUGAUUUGAGUCAAUCGAUUGAAGAUAAGACCAAUCAUCAUCUUUUCGAAAGACUUGAAGAAACUCAAUCCAAAUUUAAUAUACAUAUGAAAAAUUGUAAAAAGGAAAAGUCAACUUUAGUUCUCAAUUUUAAUCGUAGGAUGGAACAUGUUCUCGCCAUAGUUAAUGAAUAUAAAAACAAAUGUCAAUUAUACGAAAAAAAGGUUUUAAAUCAACAAUCAAUUGCGAGAAGCUCAAGAGACGAUAACGAGAGUAGUCAACGAAAAUUCAAUUCUUAA